UACAAAACUAGCUACAGUUCAAUGACAAAAACAAUUUUUUUAUUUUUCUUCGGGCCAACAUCAUAGACAAAAUUAUAAUGAUGAUUAUUAAUUAUCCACAAGGCUACAAACAAAAUCAUUACAUGUACAAUGAUGUACUAACAAUGUAUAAUCAUGUACAUUAGUUUGUUUUUCCACUUGUAACUCGUCACAGGCUAAGUACAUAUGGGUAAUCAGUUCAUUGACAACAAGACUGGACAAUAGAACAUUUUUAGUGUUAUUAACAAUCGACAAAGAAUAAAACUCAGUGGAUAACAAAAAAGCGGCACAUCGUUUCAACUAGACCACUUUUAAACUGCACUUCACGGAGUACAAACAUGUCAAGUGUUGGAAUGUCAAGUUGCAAUGUCAUGACCCCCAGCCCUUGAGGGGAAUAGCCACAAACAUGACAUCUAAACUCCUCAAGGCAUGAAUAAAAAAAAACAGUAUAAUGUUCUUAAAUUCAACAAGAGUGAUGUCCAAGAGGCUCAACAUCAGAGUAAACGUGGCAACAUUGAUGUUGACACUCGUCUUCUUGACAAUCCUCUGCUUCCUGUUGACGAAGGAUUGCAGAAGGCCUCGGGAGCCUCGUGUUGAUAAACCAAAGUAUCGACUCGUGAUUGUUAUACUUGUAAGUCCUGAUGGAAUGAAAGUGAGGGACGUGAUGAGGAAGACGUGGCUGUCAGAGGGGACUGAGAAUACGAGGCACCUGUUCGCCAUUGGCACCCGUGACCUUCAGCCAGAGCAGCUGGAAACUCUGCAGUCUGAACAGGACAAGUUCCAUGAUCUUCUGCUGCUGCCGAAAUUGCAGGACUCGUAUGGAACUCUCACGAAGAAGGUCUUGUAUUCGAUGGAGAGGAUUCAUCAGGAGUAUGAGUUUGAUUAUUUACUGAAGACUGAUGGCGACAGCUUUGUGCUGCUCCACAAGAUGCUGACAGAUCUCGAUGUCUGGGAGGCCAAGGGGACGAGGAAGGAGUUGUACUGGGGCUUCUUCAAUGGGAGGGCUAAUGUUAAGAAGACUGGACCCUGGAAGGAGAUGGGGUGGAAUCUCUGUGAUUAUUAUCUUCCUUAUGCUGUCGGUGGGGGGUAUGUUCUGUCGUACAAUCUUGUGAAGUUCAUCGCUGAGAAUACUGAUGUUUUGAGAUUAUUCAACUCCGAGGACGCAUCGGUGGGCCUCUGGCUCUCCCCCGUCGCCAACAUCGAAAGGAGGCACGACGUUCGCUUCGACACCGAAUACAUCUCCAGAGGCUGUUCAAAUCAAUACAUAAUAACCCACAAACAAACACCCGAGAACAUGAAGUCCCUCCACGAUUUCUACACAUCCACAGGGAGCCUCUGCUCCAAGGAAAUCAGGAGUAGAAUGAGUUAUCACUACAACUGGACAGUUCCCCCCAGUCAAUGUUGCAAUCGUCAGGUCGGAGUGAUCUGAUUGUCCCCAGAUUUUGUUACUCUUGAGAGUUGAUCUAGUCCCGUCACAAAAGAUGCAUUUACACUGGUCAUUCAAUAAAUCAAAUAAAUCGUUGACAAAUACGUAAAGUAGUGGAAGUUUAUUCAUCAAUAAUUAUUCUACAACCAAUGAAUGACGUUAUUCAUGGUGAAAUUUAAAAAAAACACAGUGAGCUCAUCAUGAAUUGUCCUCUUAUGAUACACUUUUUGGCUCAGAUUAUUGGAAACAAUUGCUGAUCAGCAAUUCACGAAAUAAUUGCUGAUCACAACAAUUCACGUUCAUAAAAUAUUUAAAAAACAGCAAAUAAU